AUGAUGACCACUUCCUUCGCCCUGACUGUCGCUACUUUGGCAGCUUACCACGUGGCUAUGACAGUGCACAACUCCCCCUCCCCCUCAUUUGUAUGGCAUGAACGACAAUACAAGCACCAGCAAGAAUGCCGGUUCUGCAUGACAAAUUUGCACUGGAGUGUAGUGCUGUUUGGGCUUCCAGGAUUUGUCAUGCAAACAGUGCUACAAGGCAGCAGCUGGAUUUGGGAUUUUGCAUCGCAAAUGAGGGGGAGGGGGAGUUGUGCACUUUCAUAGUGGCCGGCAACUCCAUCGCAUCCUGCAGCUCCACCUUUGGAGGCACUGCUGGCCCCGACCUUUGUCCGCGUGGUUGUUGUAUCAUUAUUUUUCGAGCCCCAGCCCUGGAAAUGCGACGCCGCUUCUCUCGUCCUCGCUUGGUUUCCUUUACUGUUGUAUCAACUGCAAAAAUGUCUGGGUCUGGAAACUUGUGAUGCUGGGUGGCGUCUCAUGAUGAGGCCACAAAUGCUGGCUCAGCAUGACAAGUUUCUGAGCUUCUAACUGUUGCCUAUUCUGCAUGACAUCAAACUGCGUUUCUGCAUCACAGAAAAGUGGAGCUGUUGGGUAACGUGCAGGACAGAUUUAAAAGUCAUGGCAGACAAGCAUGACAAACAGCUUCGUCUUAUCCUGUACAUAGGUGGAACACUUUCGUCUUAUCCUGUUCCACCUAUCGGGAUCGCAUUGCCUCCUCGAGGAUCGAUAGGGAAGGAUAUGAAAAUACUAGGAUCUCUCAAAAAUAACCAAGAGUGAAAGAUAUCUACUCAAU